AUAGGUCUGGAGCAAGAAGAAAGCGAAAGCCUUGCAUGGGAGCGGGAGAAUGGAGACUUCGCGUAAAGAGACCACAGGAGCAGGUGGAGGACAACAUAAGGACGAAUCGGGAAAUCUCAGAGAGGAAUUUUUGUCCUUAUGCCUCAGCCAUGCAGAGGGCUUACGCAACGAGCAACUACGGGAGCAUUUUACGGAGCGAUACCUGCAUUUAGUCCCUAUCAUUAACAGCUGUCUUGCCGAGAAUCUCAUCCGAUGCAUGAAAACCGAAAGCAACGAACUAGUCUAUCAAGCGGUGGAUCCGAAUCUGGCAGAAAAAAUGAGAAAUUUGGGGGCGGAGCAACUGUUGGUUUACCAAGUGGUGGAAAAGGCGGGCAAUAAAGGAAUUUGGCACAAGGACAUUCGGUCACAGACCUCUUUACAGCAGCCGGCCUUGAAAAAGAUAUUGAAAAACCUGGAGUCCCGUCAGCUGGUAAAGAGCACCUCUUCGAUCAGUAGCAAGACGCGCAAGCUGUACCUCCUCUACGACCUGGAGCCGGCCAAGGAAAUCACCGGCGGACCCUGGUACACGGAACACGAGUUUGACCACGAGUUUAUCGAAGAACUCUCUCGCGCCAUUUACCACUUCAUCAAGCAACAGCGCAAACCUCCGUCACUGGGAAUUAUCGCCGACUACGUCCGAAAUUCCGGCGUUUCCAAGGUGAAGAGCGAGAUCAAAAAUGUGGAGCUGGCUCCCGGUGAGGUCCAGCUUAUCAUCAACAGCCUUGCCUACGACAUGAAGAUCGAGCCUGUGCAAAACAGCCUUGUCGGCGCUCUGCCUAUUUUCAUAUACAAGGCCCGGCAGGACUCGGACGGGUGA